GCGGCUCUCAGCGCCUGGUGAUGCUGCUGCUUUUUUUUCCCCUUUCCUUCCCCGUCCUCCAAAUGCUCCCCCGGACGCACCGAUGAACGGUUUCUCGUCUGAUUCCGCGGUUCAAGAGGACGCAGAUGGAAAAUUUAAUCUUACGCAGCGGGGAUGGAUUAUCGGGUUUUGCCUUCCGCAGUUUUAUGGUAAAAAAUCCCUUUAAAUCUGCCCGCUAGGAACAGCCCACAGGUUUUAACCCGGAGUGCGGAGGAAUGGCAGUGUCCUCAGGUAGCGCCGGCGGGCAGCGUGCACCAUGAUGGAGCGUGCCUGCAAGGCGGCUGAGAAGAUGUAGCGCCGGAGGAGCAGCACCGCAGGGGGACGCGGGGCCGCACCAUGUCGAGGAGGGGCAGCAGCCGCGCCAGGCCCGACGCCUUGGCCGCCCUGCAGGCCGCCAACGAGGAGCUGCGGGCCAAGCUCACCGACAUCCAGAUCGAGCUCCAGCAGGAGAAGAGCAAGGUCAGCAAGUUGGAGAGAGAGAAGAAUCAGGAGGUGAAGCAAAUCAAAGAGCACGAGCAGCACAAAAGCACAGUGGUGGUCACAGAGCUCAAAGUCAAACUUCACGAAGAGAAAAUGAAGGAGCUCCAAGCUGUUCGGGAAGCACUUCUGAGGCAGCACGAGGCCGAACUGCUCAGAGUAAUCAAAAUUAAAGAUAACGAAAUCCAGAGACUCCAGGCCCUGCUGACUGCUGUGCGCGACGGGGCUCCCGACAAGGUGAAAACCGUGCUGCUGACAGAGGCCAAGGAGGAGGCCAAGAGGGGCUUCGAGGUAGAGAAAAUAAAAAUGCAGCAGGAAAUUUCGGAACUUAAGGGGGCUAAGAAACAAGUGGAGGAGGCUCUGACUAUGGUCAUCCAAGCUGACAAAAUUAAAGCCGCAGAGAUAAGGAGCGUGUAUCACCUGCACCAAGAGGAAAUCACCAGGAUUAAGAGGGAGUGUGAGAGGGAAAUCCGCAGGCUGAUGGAGGAGAUUAAGUUUAAAGACAGAGCAGUCUACGUGCUGGAAAGAGAGUUAGGGGUUCAAGCCGGGCAUGCCCAGAGACUGCAGCUCCAAAAGGAGGCUUUAGAUGAACAACUGUCCCAGAUCAAAGAGUCUGACCGGCACCUGGGCAGCCCCAAGCGGGAACUUCCUUAUGCAAGUGGUGCAGGAGACGCUUCAGAUCAUUCGGGAAGCCCCGAACAGCAGUUGGAUGAAAAGGAUGCCCGGCGCUUCCAACUGAAAAUCGCCGAGCUGAGCGCCAUCAUCAGGAAGCUGGAGGACCGCAAUGCGCUGCUGUCGGAGGAGAGGAACGAGCUGUUGAAACGCCUCAGAGAAGCUGAAAGUCAGUACAAGCCCAUCCUGGACAAAAACAAACGCCUCAGCAGGAAGAAUGAAGAGCUGUCACAUGCCUUACGUCGAAUGGAAAAUAAAUUAAAAUUUGUAACGCAGGAAAACAUAGCAAUGAGGCAAAGAGCAGGAGCAAUGCGGAGACCGAGCUCCUUAAACGACCUCGACCACAGCCAGGAAGAAAGAGAAGUGGAUCUGCUGAGACUACAAAUCAUCGAACAGCAGAAUAUCAUUGAUGAGCUCUCUAAGACCCUGGAAACUGCCGGCUAUGUGAAGAGUGUCAUGGAACGUGAUAAGCUGUUAAGGUAUAGGAAGCAAAGAAAAAAAAUGACAAGAAUUCCUAAGAAGCCGGUGGUGGAGACGUUUUUCGGCUACGAUGAAGAAGCCUCCUUGGAGUCUGAUGGUUCCUCUAUCUCAUAUCAAACGGAUCGGACGGACCAGACCCCGUGCACCCCUGAUGAUGACCUGGAAGAGGGCAUGGCCAAAGAAGAGACAGAACUGCGGUUCCGGCAGCUGACGAUGGAGUACCAGGCUCUGCAGCGCGCUUACGCCCUAUUGCAGGAACAGGUCGGAGGAACAUUGGAUGCAGAGCGAGAAGUUAAGACACGUGAGCAGCUCCAAGCAGAGAUACACCGAUCCCAGGCUCAGAUAGAGGACCUGGAAAAGGCCCUGGCGGAGCAGGGGCAGGACAUGAAGUGGAUUGAGGAGAAGCAAGCACUGUACAGAAGGAACCAAGAACUUGUGGAAAAGAUCAAACAAAUGGAAGCAGAGGAGGCUCGCCUGAAGCACGAUGUGCAGGACGUCAAAGACCAGAACGAGCUCCUGGAGUUCAGGAUCCUGGAGCUGGAGGAGAGAGAAAGAAGAUCGCCUGCUAUCAACUUCCACCACGUUCCCUUCACGGAGGGGAAAAGCCCUCUCCAGGUUUACUGCGAGGCAGAAGGUGUCACAGACAUAGUAGUGGCAGAGCUGAUGAAAAAAUUGGACAUUUUAGGGGAUAACGCCGUAAGUAACCUGACCAACGAGGAGCAAGUGGUUGUCAUACAAGCAAGGACAGUUCUCACAUUGGCUGAAAAGUGGCUCCAGCAGAUUGAGGUGACUGAGUCCGCACUGCAGCAGAAGAUGCUGGAUCUGGAGAAUGAAAAGGAGCUGUUCAGCAAGCAGAAGGGCUACCUGGAUGAGGAGCUGGACUUCAGGAAGCAGUCCUUGGACCAGGCGCACAAGCAAAUUCUGGAAUUAGAAGCCAUGCUCUAUGAUGCCCUGCAGCAAGAAGCUGGAGCCAAAAUUUCCGAACUUCUUUCAGAAGAGGAGAAAGAGAAACUGAAGAGCGCGGUAGAGCAGUGGAAGCGCCAGGUGAUGAGCGAGCUGCGGGAGAGGGACGCCCAAAUCCUGCGCGAGCGCAUGGAGCUCGUCCAGCACGCCCAGCAGAGAAUUAAAGAGCUAGAAGAAAGAAUUGAAGGCCAAAAAAGACAAAUAAAAGAGUUAGAGGAAAAGCUUUCAUUCUUUGGUCAUAGCCCUCCAGGCCAAAUGCAGAAGCCUACUGAUGAAGCUGGAAUUGCUUCUACUGUUACUAAGUGGAAGAUGGCAUUGGUUGCCAAGACAGAGAAAGAGACAUUGCAAUGUCAAGAAAGCCAAAUAUAUCUUGUAUUUUGCUGCUGGAGAUGGAGGAGUGAACCCUAUGAUCCUUUCAGACUGAAGAUGAACCAGGCUGUGUGGGAACUCCUGCACAGGCGGGGUCUGCACCGCUGAAACCUCUGUCCAUGCAUUUUCAAAAGCUGGCACUAAGCUGACAAAGAAGAAAGCCAAAAAGCCCUGCCUCUGCUAACAGUUAUGGGCUUCUCCCAAGCCUGUCUCUGCUGCUUGGAAUAACUCAGCUUUACCUAAGGAGCAGUAUACUAAUUCAGAUACACUGAAUAUAUUUUAGUUCCCUGCUAAGCAGGUAGAGAAUUGCUUCUCUGUGGAAGUGACUAUGUCCCGUUUUAUAUGUCAGUCAUUUAUAUUUGUGAUUCAUAGUUAUUUACAAAUCUGUCUUGAAAGAAAUUUAUAGAGGGAGCUCCAGGUGAAUAACUCCUGAAAAGACAAACAUGAGCUACGAGAGUGCGUUGUGUUCCAGGCAUUUCAUCACAGCACGGGGUCUGCCCAAAUUGCUGACUGCCCCACCAGGCCAGGAUUAGGGGAAAAACGUGAAGCUCUGUUUGAACCCUUCAGGAAAUGAAACUGUACUUGGCUGUGAGCUGUCAGGAGGCCAUGCUGCGCAGCACGAUGACAAAACUGGCAUGCUAAUGUGGAGCUCGCUAUUCCUGAAUGAUGCUAACAGGCCCAACGCUGUCCAUUAAAACGUUCAACUUGAGAAAGAGUGAACCUGAAAACACACCAUCCCUGAUCCCGAUGCGGGAGGUGGCACGAGGGGCGCAGGCACGGAUAUGCAGAGCAUGUGCCCGAGGCCGGGCUCGGAGCCAGGAGAGGGAAUCUUCGAUAGCAACAGAUGAGGAGGAAGAGCCCCAGGGGAGUCCCACCGGUACUUCGCCACAUGGGAACUGGAGCCAGGUGUGUAAAUCCGGACCUGCUGGUGGAUGGGAGCCGCCUGCUGUUCCUGGAGCCCCAGCCUGCAGGGAGCAGCUCUGCCCACCGCUGGGAGCACCGGGAGGAACGCGAAGCCAGGGAGCUCCGACAGGUGCCCGCACUGCUUCUGCAACCCACGGCAGCUUUAGAAAGCUGAGAAGUGAACCCGUUGAUAACAAAAUUCUAAAGCCCUGGUGUUGGUACAGCAGCCCUCCAUUCACACUGGGCACUGAGCAGCACGGGAACCAACAGCAGAACUGUCAGAGCUCAGAUUGUUCAGAAGAGUGUUUCAUCUGUGCUGAAAUAAUGGGACAAAACGAGAAUCAAAGGUGAUGGACUUCGAUAUCAGCAUAUAUCUGAUAGGAGUCAUGUACCCGACCCAGCUCCACCCCACACAAGCACCUACAUUGGGGUGACGCAGAUGAGCCAAACAGUCCCUUCCACAUUUUAUGCACAAAGAAGUCAAAUCCCAAACGUCCGUUUUGAAUUGCACUUAAACGCAACGUCUUACCGCACUCGGUUACGUGGCAGCACUGCACAGAGCUGUGUGUGGCACACGGCGGGCCCUCGUGGAGAUUCUGCAAGCCAGGAAGGCCCGGGAUGUGCUCUGUGGCAUCUGCAGAAUGCCUUAACCCCACCGGGGGGCGGCGUGGGGCAGAGAGCCGCUUCCAAACUGAGAUUCCCCGUAACUCAGACCCCGGUCCCGCGUGCGUGCCGCACAGGUCCAGCUCUUGGUUAGAUUUCCUUACGGUGUUUUCUUUAAUGAGAAAGCUGUACAGGACGCGUCCAUGUGUAAAUAAGGGAUUACGUUUAUGUAGACGUUAAUAUUUACAUGUAAAAAGUUAUGUACAUAGGAAAGAAAACAACGGCUCAAAGAAUGUUUUUAAAACAGUUUCUUCUGUCUAAAGGCACAGAAGGACAGCAACACAGACGUGCUGCUGAGCUCAACGUAAGCUCAGCUUUGUGCUCGGCUUGGGGAGGCUCGGGGCUCGGUCCUGGGGGCUGAGGGGCCCUGGGCAGCCCCAGCCCUGCUCCAAACAGGACGGAGGGGCACGCACUGAACGCACUGCCCGCUCACCGCUGCUCUGCUAUGGCAGCCUGAUUUCACCUACCGGAGCUUGGAAAGAGCGUGCAGUGUGUUAUGUGCAGCACGGGGAGCUUCUGGAGGAACGCCGAAGGA